CAAACCACCAAAAUUCAUUCAUCCUAAGGGCAUUUAGCGGCUUUCUUAACUCCUAGUGCAGUCAACGAGAAGAGAAAAAAAGAAAAAAAAGGGACGACAUCAAAGAUAUACACACUUUGCGAACCCGUAUGCCCUGUAAAAGAUGAAAAGGUAGAGAGCAAACAGCGGCUGUGAAGCGGCCCUCCCUAACAGAGCCCCCCCCCCCCCCCCCCCCCUCUCUCUCUCUCUCUGCCUCGAAAUCGCCUGUUUCAACUCAGUCAAGUUGCGCCACUUGUGCAGCAACUUUUGGCUAUCGCUACGACAACACGCCCAGCAUGGAUUCUCGUCAGCAUCAUCUUCAUCACAAUCACCCACAGCAACCUCAGACACACCAAGAUGAGCCCUAUGUCACCCUUCGCACGAGGGCGCCAAGGGGUGAUGGUGCCAGCAUGAGCAGUGCGGAUUCAACUUACGGCUCGGGUGCGGGUGUCUCGACGCCUUCUGCAACUCAUGACACAAGCCGUGUGAAUUUCCAUGUCAAGCAUCUCGAGACGUUUGCAAAGAGUUUGGAAGAUUCGGCUGGGCGAGCAUUCCCAAAUAGGGGGCGCUCCAUGCAAAGAUAUUCUAAAGUGCAAGUACUGCUACUUCACUGGAAGUCUGAUGAUCUUUUUGUGUUACCUGAGCUUGAGGACCUUGAGCAGUGUAUGCGAGAAGACUACAGCUUCGAAACCGACAUUUUUGCCAUUCCGUCCGAGAACUCUCACUUGGAGUUGAUGCUCAAAGUUGGUUCCCUGAUUAAAGAUCAUGAAAGUACCGACACCCUCUUCAUCAUCUACUAUGGCGGCCACGCCAGGAUAGACGAAUCUAGGCAAAGCACCUGGUGUGCAACUCGCCACUCUGGCUCGCCAUGGCUGCAGUGGUCCGCUAUUCAGACCCUAUUAGAACGCUCCGUCUCGGACACGUUAAUCUUGCUGGACUGCUGCGCAGGCGCUGCGAGCGCUACAUUUCCCAACGGCAAGAGCAUCACCGAGACUAUCUCAGCGUCUAGCUGGGACGCCAUAGCCCCGGAUCCAGGGCGUUACUCGUUCACGAAUGCGCUCAUCGAAGUUCUUCAGCAGUGGAAAGUUAGGACCUUCUCAGCAGCAAUGCUACACGCCGAGGUUCUAGCACGCCUCAAACAUCCCAGACCCAUCACCAUAAACGGCAAGCACUUCGAGGCUCGAUCAACCCCGGUGCACUUCAUGAUGACCUCAAACCACAAAGCCCCCAGCAUAGAGCUGGGCCGCAUUGUACCUGGAAAUAGGCGGCCUCCCUCUCCUCCGGAUGAGCCAGAGGCGACCAUGCCCCUCCCGACCGCUCCCAUAAGCUCAGGCAGGGGUGGUCCAGUAGAGGGUGCCGGCACAGAACCUACCGAAGAUCGACCGCAUGUUAUGAUCUCGUUAGCCCUCGAAGACAACCAGCAACUCGAUCUGGACGCAUGGGAGCAAUGGUUGGCUAGCUUCCCAGCGCUGGCCAAGUAUGUCAAGGUCCAGGGUGUCUUCAAGAGCCAUUCGACACUACUGUUACUGUCCCUCCCGGUCAUGAUCUGGGACUUGCUUCCCGAAGAUCAUGCCUGUAAUUUCGUGGCUUUCAUUAGGUCGAACAACAUGAUCAAGCCGACCACCUCGAAUGAGUCUCCUGCUCAAACUAGCGCUGUGAGAGUUGGCGAGGACGAGACGGAUAACAUGUCCAUUUCAGGUACCACACUGCCACCGGAGGAUAUAUUGUCCGGAAACUUGGUGGCUAGUCGAUCCGUCGGUGGGCGUUACUUGUCAUACGAUAGUGACCGAACCCCAGCAACGUCAUCAACUACCAGGGAUUUUACUAGACAUUCCCCCUCUUCAUCAAAGGCACCGUCACAAAAUGCCCGUGAUGAUAGUUACCAAAAUAUUAAACGAGACGCAAUAAUGAACACGUCACGGAGCUCCAAGUGGACAGUAUACCAUCCAUCAGAGUCUGUACCCGAGGCACCUCGGUUCAAUUCUCAUAUAGUUGCCCGUCUGGAAGAAUACUUCAACAAUGAGCCCGAGCCGAGCAACGCUGCAAUCGAAUAUUAUGCAUCAAAUCUUGGUGCCCAGUCGAAUGACAUAAGUCUCUGGUUCUAUCACCGCCAUAAGAAAGAGCGAGAUUUAUACACUCAGAACAAGCGCAAACUACCUUUAGAACCACCACCGCCGAGGCACGAGGCCGUACGUAUGAUCUUGCCAGGGCAUCUCAACAGGCUCUUGGAGAUCUACCCAUCCCAGGUUCUCUUUUUAGACCUGCGACCCCCUACAGACUUCCAGAGAUCUCACAUCCACCGUGCAGCAAACCUGCGUGCACCAGUGAGCUUUUUGGAGCACUCUACUAUUGAUAUGAUUGAGAGCGCAUUCACGGACGAGACCAGCCAUGCGAGCUUUUCCAAGUGGUAUUCAGCCAAGUGUGUUGUCAUCUAUGACCGCGUGAUUGAGUUUUCUUGGGAGUGUCCGACCGUCGAGGCGCUUUACGACAAGUUCAGGAGCAAAGGCUGGACUGGCAGGUUCUUUGUUCUCAAGGGUCACUACAGGGAGUUCUCGGCCUCGUACGACAAGUACAUAGUCGGCGCAAGGACUUCGACGGCCGCCAACCAGUACCUUGAGUCUCUGGAACACAUGCCACCAACGACAGCUGACCAAGUUGUUGAGGCACAGGAUCAGUACGAAGAAUGGCUACGGCUUGUGGAGAACGAAGACCGCGUUCCUUCAACAAAUCUCACACCAGCAAAGCAGUCGGAAAGACUACGGGCCAUGCAACAGAACCAGGAGGCUCUGGAAAACGAAUUCCAGACACAAUUUCCUGAGCUCUAUAGGCAGUCCAUCGGAAAACUCCCACAGCAGGACUCAUGGCCCAGGGACAGGAAGGAGAGGAUUGAGGCAUCACAAGGGCCGUUAGUAGCGCCGCUAAGCCGGGCGCUUGAUAAAAUGCAUGAGGCGGGAAUAUCGUCCCCGCCGCCGCCACCACCACCCUUGACAGACCGCAAGGACAGCAGCUAUUCGGAUAAACUCGAAGGCAGCAGCGGGCGAAGCGGCGGCUACCCUCCUGACAAACCAGUUGGGGGCGGCCGGGGCGGCUACUCUGCGGAUAAUAUGGACAUGGAGCAGAUGGAAGACGAAGACUUGGGCGGCGGUGGUGGCUCUGGCGAUCUGCAGAGUGGCCAGGUCCCAAUGGGCGUUGGAGGUGGAAGCGAAUCGUCAAAGAAGCGACAUCAACAACAACAGGGGUUUUGGAAGCGAUUACGGAGCAGUAGGUCGUGAUGUUCUACUCUCGGGGUCUCAUCUAUAACUGACUGCCCGUGCUCGGAAAUUUGAGGGGGUUAUAUCAUAUCUAACACAUAACACAUCUUUUGUCUUUUCUUCUUCUCUUCUUUCCAGGUUUUUAAUGGGCAGUUCAGACGGUAUAUGGGGGUUUUUCCUAAUCAACUUGGGACUGAUGGUACUUUCGGACUGCAUGGACACGCACACACCCUAUGACGGCAGAACAGAGUUUUUUUCUUCUAUUUCUUUUGUUAUUAUUAAGGAUGCAUAUCGGCGCGUGGUACAUAGUAGUUUGCAGCUUAUGUAUAUUGCUGCCAUCUUUUUAGCCAUACUUCCCCCUGAGUUAAACCAAAUAUUGAAUGAAAUCUUCGG